CCCACAUCGCAUCACAUGCCUUACAUUGCGUCCUUAUAUUAACGAAACGUUGCAUUUGAUCAUAUUUUGUGAAUUAACAAUAGCCUAACAGUCAUUUUCGAAUUCUGGUAACCUUGGCAAUCAGGUCGCAUUAGAUGUGUAUUUUUAUAGCUCUCCGUUGCAAGAUCGUGGAAACGAUAUGGGUUUCGGCUCCCAUGAAUAUUGGCCAAUUCCUGCAAAUAUUGCCACCGGCGCAGUGUAUUUACAUCCUUAACGUUUUCGGCAUGUAGGAUGGUAUGAGGGAACGACCUGGCAAGCCAAUGGGAAGAUAUGCAUAUUUUAACACACGCUUGUCGAGAUGGAGACAUCAAUGAGAUGACCUGGGAACUCAAAAUCAGACCAAAUUCACUAGACGACUAAGGACCUUAUUCCAACUGUGUGCAGCAACACUUCAUUCAAAUGCUACUUCACCGAGAAGGGCAAUCUCAUUGCUGAGCCAAUGUAGAAACUGCACCUUCAGGAUUGCAUUACUUCUUUCCUUGCCUGGAUUUGAGCACAGUCAGAUCUACCAGGACAGAGUAUGCCAUCUGCAUCUUUCCACAGAAUUCUACGACCAUUUCUACUUGGCACCUUUCUACUGGGCUGUUUUGUGACUCUGGUUUUGAUGUACUUCAAACCGUCAACUAGCUGGCUAUCAGGUCCUGUAGAGUCAACCGCAUCCACUAUCCAAGUUAAAAAUCUCUUCUCUACCAAGGGUGACAAAAACCUCACCACUGUACUCGUCUGGCUCUGGCCCUUUGGACAGACCUAUGACCUGGGUGUCUGCAGCUCUCUGUUCAACAUCGAGGGCUGUUUCAUCACAGCAGAUCGAAACCUAUAUAAUAAGUCAGAUGGGGUCGUCAUACAUCACAGGGAUAUCUGUACUGAUCUCUCCAACCUGCCCCCCCUUCAGCGUCCCUCCUUCCAAAAGUGGAUAUGGAUGAACCUAGAGUCACCAUCCCACUCCUCUCAGCUGCCCGGUAUUGAAAACUUGUUUAAUUUAACUUUGAACUAUCGUCAGGAUGCUGAUAUCGAAGUGCCUUAUGGGUCGAUUGUGACGGCCCAAGGGGACGAGGAUUUUGUGCCACCGAGCAAAAGCAAGUUGAUCUGCUGGAUUGUCAGCAACUGGAACCAGGAUCACGUGCGAGUGAAAUACUACAAUGAGCUCUAUAAACAUAUUGAGGUUCACGCUUAUGGACAAGCCUUUGGAGAGUACAUUGCAGAUCAAGAAUACUUUCCUACCAUCGCCAGUUGUAAAUUCUACUUGGCGUUUGAGAACUCAAUUCACAAAGACUACAUCACAGAGAAACUGUAUAACCCACUCUCUGUAGGGACGGUGCCUGUGGUUUUAGGUCCACCAAGACAGAACUACGAGAACUUUGUCCAGGGGGAAGCCUUUAUCCAUGUGGAUGACUUCACCUCACCCAAAGAGCUGGCUGAUUAUCUCCUGCUCUUGGACAGGAAUGAGGAAAUGUAUCUCAGAUACUUUGAGUGGCGACGGCACUUUAAAGUGAAAAAGGCAUACUUCUGGGCCGAACACACAUGCCUCGCUUGUGAUCAUCUCAAAAGGCACAAGGAGUACAAGGCAUUCAAUAACCUUGAUAAAUGGUUUUGGGGUAGAAUGCCUUGAAGGGCCAUGAAAUUGUUGUUUUGCAGUUGGAGGCAUUGCUUUAAAAUAUAUUCAGUCAUGAUGUAUUUGACAUUGUCAUUGACAAUGUUCCAACAUGUUUUUCUCACUGGUUAUAGGGGCCCAAAUAAGCCAUUCUCUUUUUUAUUUUGAUGCCAGACAGAUUUGCUCAGCCUUAAUUUGUCUCUUGCAUUUCAAUUCAAUCAUGAUUUAUGUUGUCAUUUGCAAUGCAUUUAAUAUUUGUUUCAUAAAAUCUCACUUUUAUACAUGACCAAAAGUAUGUGGACACCUGCUCGUCGAACAUCUCAUUCCAAAAUCAUGGGCAUUAAUAUGGAGUUGGUCCCCCCUUUUGCUGCUAUAAUAGCCUCCACUCUUCUGGGAAGGCUUUCCACUAGAUGUUGGAACGUUGCUGCAGGGACUUUCUUCCAUUCAGCCACAAGAGCAUUAGUGAGGUCGGGCACUGAUGUAGGGCGAUUCGGCCUGGAUCGCAGUCUGCAUUCCAAUUCAUCCCAAAAGUGUUCCAUGGGGUUGAGGUCAGAGCUCUGUGCAGGCCAGUCAAGUUAUUUCACAACGAUUUUGACAAACCAUUUCUGUAUGGACCUCACUUAGUGCACAGGGGCAUUCUAUGCAUCCUAUGACAUUUUAACAUUGAAAGUCACUGAGCUCUUCAGUAAGGACAUUCUACUGUCAAUAUUUGUAUAUGGAUAUUACAUGGCUGUGUACUCGCUUUUAUACACCUGUCAGCAAUGAAUAUGGCUGAAAUAGCAGAAUCCAUUCAUUUGAAGGGCUGUCCACAUACUUUUGUGUAUAUAGGUGUUUAAUCUCUGAAUGUGACCGCAUUUGCUGCUAUUUGUUUUUCAUGAUGUACUGUAACUGUUUUGCUAUGUGGGAAUCGAGCUGGCAUGACAUUUUCAUAUGGCACUAUACAAUACAUUUUUGAAAUUGAAGAAAUAGUUGUCAUUUAAAAUAUGUACUAUUUAUUCAAUUGAGGCAUUUUAUGAUAGACUUUCAUAUGUAUUAGUGAUACAGUCAUCUAUGCAGUGUUUAUUGAACACAUGAAAGUAAUUAAAUUGUGUAAUUUACUGUAAAAUGGAAAUUUGUAUUGUUUGAUGGUAGCAUUUGCACUGCAAAACACACUGACACUCAUCUUUGAUCAUGUAUGUACAUUAUUACAGUACAGAAAGAAGGAAAGGAAGAUAAAUAAAAAAAUAGAUAACUAUUAUGUUAAUAGUGGUUUCUUAGUGAGCAUUAUCACAUUAAAUGCAUUGCAGUUCUAUCAUAUGCUCCAUGAAUAUUUUACUUACAAUUUGCCCAAUUUGACAUGAAUAAUGAAUCAUAUGCUUAUCUGUGUGGGCUUGUCUAUUGCCAUCUAGCCACAUUGUCUUAAAUAUUCACUUGUAUAUUUUUAACCUUUGAGCAAAUUUCAGUGCAUGAAAAAUAGGAUAACUAUUCAAGCUUGGAUCUGCCCACACAUCUGUGGUUUCAUUGUGAAAAAUUUAAAAUGCUAUUAACUUUCUUAUUUUUUUAUUUUUAUACCAAAGAUACCUCCGACCUUGAACUUAAACACCACAUAAUGACCUGAGGUAAUAUGUACAUUAUGUACACUACCGUUCAAAAGUUCGGGGUCACGUCGAAAUGUCCUUGUUUUUUAAAGAAAAUAAAAGAUUUGUCCAUUUAAAAUAACAUCAGAUUGAUCAGAAAUGCAGUGUAUUGAGGAGUGCAGUGUAUUCUUUCAAAAACAAGGACAUUUUGAAGUGACCCCAAACUUUUGAACGAUAGUGUAUAUCAUAAUACCUGUCAUUAUGUCAUGUUUGACUAUAUUAUGAUGCUGGUAUGAUGUAUAGUUCAAAUACAGUGUACCACUUUUGUUGAAGGUUGAAUACACAAACCAUUCAGCAUACAUAAACGAUUAAUAAAAUGUUCAUGAAAUCGGCACCCUAAUGAGGUUCAGAGUGCAUUCAUAUAGUCAUUAUUGAAUAGUAUGUCACAUGACAGGAUAAAUGUGAAAAUAAAAGUCACAUGAACAAAUACAUUUUUGUCAGAACACAUUUUUCUUCCCUCUAUAGCAUUAUUAUGUAUCACUACAAAGUAAUCAUGAAUGUUGCCGUUGUUAUACUUUGCUUACUUUGAAUUUAAUUUCCAAAUAUCCAUAGCCAGCAUAAAGCAUAUUCUUGAAAUGAUCUGAAAUAAUAUCCUGCCUCUGAUGUUUUUACCAAAAACAGAACACUGUCACCGGCAAUUGUUAAAAGCCAUUUAGUAAUUUAGCCAUUUCCUUUUGCUUUCCAAAUGUAAAAAACACAAUGUUUACUUACCAUAUACUAUUCCGUAAUGUAAAUGAUAGUGAUCAACCAAAACAUGAAAUGAGAAAAUGUUUAUAUUUGUCAUGAAACAACACUUAACUGUGGACUAAUGUCACUAAUGACAUGCAGUUGAUCCUCAAAUAUAUGAAUGAGUUAGACUGACCGGUCAACCGAAUGGGAAAUAUAACUUCUGUUGCUUACAUGCUCUAGAAAUACACCAGAUGUUUACAGUAUCUGGAUAUAUGUUUUGCAAACACAUGUAAAAAUGCAAUCAAUAAAAGUAAUAAUAAAAGGUUUGAGAAGUUAAAUUUAAAAGUUAAGGACAUUUCAGUGUUCCGAACUACCACCAUUCCCAAUGUUUUCGCAUCUGAGUUCUUUCUGUGAAAAGCUUUACAAAUGCACUAUGGAAGGUCUUUUAUAAAUGUGACUUAUACCUUAAUGGAUGUGUUAUGAAUGUUUCUUAUGCUGUUAUGAAUGCUUUAUGUAGGAGUAAUGGAU